AUGGGAAAGCGGCGGGUUCAAACCUUCGAUAGAACGACUGCCAAAGUCGCCUACAUAAACUGCGUUCGUCCAGACCGGGGAGGAACUCACUACUUCACGAAGUCAGGAAGAUUUGAAACAGAAAUGGUAGUCGGUCACAGAGAGAAGAAAUAUAACGUCAAAAAGUUGCAUGGAGACGAAACGAUGCCGAUCGCGUUUGAUCCGCCAUUUGUCGAGUUCGGCGACAAUGCUGUGGGUCACUCUGUGAAACGACGUGUGUUCAUUAGAAGCCUGCUCCAGAAGCCUAUUACACUAGAUUCUAUUGCUGGAGCUACAGUGAAUUUUCACAUAUCGUUCUUCAACACCGUUGAAAUCGCUCCUCUUGGUACUGCAUUUUUCGAGAUUGUAUUUCUUCCUCGUGAGGAAGGCCGGACAAGCGUUGCCAUUAACAUACGCACUUCCCUUCUGGUCGCUCUCCUCGAAUCCUUAUCGGCAUGUGCACCAUUCGUUGGUACUCGUUUGCCGUUCAACGGCACAAUUUCUAAAGAUAUUGUCCUUCACAAUCCAUUCACUAGUACUUUCAGAAUUACGGAGGUAGUAUCGUCUGGUGGUAAUGUGCAUGUCGAGAUGGCCUAUGAUAUAGACGGGAAAGUAGCAGGAGAACCACUUCAAUAUUGGGAUAUUCGUCCAUUUCAAACUAAAACAGUCUGUCGCGCCGUCAUUGUCGGUCACACCUUGGAGAAUACUACCGCUUUCGUUCGAUUCACAGGAUUACUUCUUGAUCAUGAUGGCAAUGACGGCGUGCAACACUCAAAUGUGCUUCCGAUUCCGAUAGAAAUAAAUAAACGGCGAGGUGUUUUUACAACUAAGGACAUACUGGAUUUUGGUCUUUUAAGGCAGGGUGAAAGGUCACAGCCUCAGAUGUUUUCGACACUGUACGUAGAUAAAGGAGAUCCCACAGGCAUUUAUAUGGAAUUCGCUUCUACUCCACCGAUUGCGGUAUUACCAGGAAAAAAUUCAUUACCAGGUAAACCGUCAGAUCUUGUGAAAGUGUUCUUCGACGCAUCCCGCAUAACAUUCGAAUCGCAACUACCUAGUGCUCGAACGUUUCAUGGGCGAAUAAUUGCCCUAAGUCGUGGUGGAAACUAUAACGUCACAAUGCCAUUCCGUGUCACCGUUUAUCAAGGAGAUAUCGUUUCGGUCGGUAAUGACCUUGCCUUGCAAGAAGAUAUCAAAGCUCCUCAUAAGCGUAGUGUUCGUUUACAAAAUGCUCUACCGUUUCCUGUUGCAAUUUGGAAUAUAUCAAUUUCACCGGAUGCGAGCCAGUAUUUUACGGUAAGGAUUAGUUUCUGCUUAUGCACACGUGAUAUCUUCUGUUUCUGA